GCAUUAAUUUUUUAGACCUCCCUAGCUACGUGUUUUGCUCAAGAAACUUUUGGGAAACAGUACAAACAAACUAUAGGACUGGAUUUCUUUUUGAGAAGGAUAACAUUGCCAGGAAACUUGAAUGUUACACUUCAAGUUUGGGAUAUAGGAGGGCAGACAAUAGGAGGCAAGAUGUUGGAUAAAUAUAUCUAUGGAGCCCAGGGAAUCCUCUUGGUAUAUGACAUUACAAAUUAUCAAAGCUUCGAGAAUUUAGAAGACUGGUAUACUGUGGUGAAGAAAGUGAGCGAGGAGUUGGAAACUCAGCCACUGAUUGCCUUGGUGGGCAAUAAAAUUGAUUUGGAGCAUAUGCGAACAGUAAAACCUGAAAAACACUUGAGGUUUUGCCAGGAAAACGGUUUUAGUAGCCACUUUGUCUCAGCAAAGACAGGAGACUCUGUAUUCCUGUGUUUUCAGAAAGUUGCUGCUGAAAUCCUUGGAAUCAAAUUAAACAAAGCAGAAAUAGAACAGUCACAGAGGGUGGUGAAGGCAGAUAUUGUAAACUACCACCAGGAACCCAUGUCAAGACCUGUGAACACUCCUCGGAGCUCUAUGUGUGCAGUUCAGUGAGCGCGUGGUCCUGUGUUGGUGUGUUGGCUGCCCUGCCUUUGUGUGGGCUGAGGACCUGGAGGAGCUGAUUUAUCAGGGGCCAUCUCUGUAGCUCAGUUAACCCUUCCCUCCCCGCUGGCUUUCCCUGGGUGUGCUGCUCCCGGCCAGAGGCAGCUCCCGGACUGGAGAGAAUUCCACUUUGGGACCACACACUUGGAAUUCAGAUGGAAAGCCCAUUCUCUGGAGUUAGACUGCCUCAUUGAAAGAGAGUAUGUCCGUUCGCUUUCAUGUCUUCACUUCUUUUUUCCCAGAUGGCAGUUUUUUAAAACAAGUAUGGAAGCUAUCCAAGUCCUGAUCCUCAGCCAGGAUUUUGCCAUAGCACAGUUUCAUUCUCUUAUCUGAACUCAUACAUGGCAAACAUGCUUCAGAGUACAGACGGUUAACAAGUAAUAUAUUUUAUCUACAGAUGCUAAAGAAGGCGACCUUUUGCUGUCUAACGUGAGAGAAAAUAUAUAAAGCUGUAUCUAACUGAAAAUGCUGGAAAUAAAGCUGUAAUAGAAAUAUUUUUUCCAUUUUUUUUAACAAAGGACCUAAACUGUUUAUAUUGUAACUGUAGCUCACAGAGUGGUGAGUAUUGCUGUUGUACUUUAUCACUGUGUCAUGGUCAUGUGCAUUGUGGAAUACUCAGAUCCGAUGCUGCAUGGACUUGGAUGGAUGCAUCCGAGUACCCCAGGACAAGUUAGGCCUGUUGUUGGAUCAUUGUGGAUCAGACCUGUACCUGAUGUUCAGAUGUUUCUCUCCUGCAAAUAAAUUUAUUUAAAUUAC